AUGCCCAAACGCAAGUCCAUAGACCCCGCACCCCCGCAGCCCCCGCCCCUCUCCUCCCUCGACGCCGCCCUCGACCUCCUCGUCUGCGACACCUUCACCCGCCUCGACUCUAUCGCCGCCAAGUUCGAGGCAUGUGCCGCCGUAAAACUCAACGACGGCGUAGUCCACGCAAGAUGGGAAGAGGCAGUCAAGCGGUACUGGGUCAUGAAGAGCAUGGACGAGUUGACGUGCAGCGCUGAGAAGAACCGUGCUGCGGGUGGCAACCGCAAUGGGUAUAUUGGGUCCCUGCCAGAUGGAGAAGAUGGGGUGAUGGAGGAUGCAGAGAAUACCGAACGGGACGGAAAAAGCCGACCUAUGCCCACCGCAUACCCGGGGGCUGUCUCUGUGCACAAUCUGGCUGCGGAUGAGGAGGACGAAUGGAGAAAAUGGAACCCCAGAUUGGGAAAUGUCGUUCUCGUCGACACGGCUCAUGACGGCAUAUGGCCAGGAAAGAUCAUCGACAAGAAGGCAUUCUUCCAAGGAAGAACCACACCGCGGGGGAACCACUUCUUUCCCGUUCGCAUCUAUAACGAAUUCAUGCCACCUAUCAUAAGUAUCAAAGCUCGCUUGAUCCCCUUCCACCUUCGUCCAGAACCACCCCUUCUCGCGUCCGCAUCCCUACAAAGUGCAUACCACCAUGCUAAAAACCCAGGUGGUUUCGACGUACUCGCCACUGCUCGCGAAGCCCACUCUGCUCGCACACGCCUGCACCCAGGUGUGACCGGAGAGGACAACCAAGCCAAGUACAAGGGCGAAAGGGAGGAAUGGAAUACUCAGGUCAAUUGGGUCAUGAGCGAACGCCGCAUGGAGAAGCUCCGAAUACUGGCCGAAGAGCGGGGUCGGGUCCUGCGCGAGGUCGGUCGGUCGGCGUCGACGCCCGUCUUUGAGGCGAACGGAGAGUCUUCUGCCACCGACGAGCGCCUCGACUCAAUAUUUGGUGUGCCUAAGAAAAGGCGUACUUCCCUUCCUCCUCCAAAACCCAAAUUGGACCCCACUAUACCAGCUUUGUCCAUCGUUCCCUCUGCGCCCUCCACUCCGCCCCCGCGCACGGCGGGCUCUCCCUCCAUGGCAUCCUACAUCCGCCCUUCCCUCUCCAAUCAGCGUACCAAUUCUCCUCGCCGCACCCCUACUCGGAGAGACAGAGACAAACGUAUGUAUGCCCUUUCCGGCGUCGGGGAACUCUCCCCGGCAGCAUCUGUCAGGCGCACUUAUACUCCGCCUCGAAUCCUGCCUUCGGGCGAUGAGACAGCCCCGAGCGGGUUCGGCAUGCCAGAGGAAGUCAAGAGUGGAAGGUUUGAUUUCACCAGUCCGCUUGGGCCUGUCAAAAUGGGCAAAUUGGUGCCCGUCAAUUCCAAGUCCAACGCAGGUGGGGCAGAUGGUACGCCUCCCGGAAAGACAGGCAGGAGCGGGAGCUUGGAGAUUGUCAGAGAAGAAGAUGAGGAGGAAGGUUGGUCUAUUGUCUCCCGUAAAUGUCGUCGAGCCGGGUCUGAACCUGCGGGGGCGAGAGUCGGUCUCCCGUUGGGCGAGCAAGGACAAGGCGAGAGUACGGGCGGAGCAGAAGAUAUGGAGCUGUGA